UAAGAUAUUAUGCCGGAGGCUUCGCUCUAAAAGUCGUGAUAAUUGGUCACUUUGAGGACUACCAGGCAUUUGUAAGCGCGCUUACGCUUAUUUACUCUUUCCUCACCAUAAGAGCCAGCCGCAUCACGAGCAGCCGCAUCUCCAUCCGAAUUAAGUUUCCAUACAACAAUGUCUCCUAGAUUAGACAAUCUCGUUCUGCCGCGCCCAAAAGCACCAAUUCCUGGCCCGGCUGAGGCCAUCUUUACGAAGGUGUUUGGCAGACUCCUCCCGCCUGCCAAGUAUCUAAACACAGUCAACGGAAGAGCCGCAUACUAUGAGGUACUCCCUUCCCACCACUCUGCCCCUGGAGAUCUAGAUGAGCUUCACAGCUUUUCUUCGCUCUCUCUCGCGCCCGGAGACAGCUCGCAUACACCCGAUCGUGUCCUUUUCAUUCACGGCGUUCAAACUCCAGCUCUGGGCAUGCUACCACUCGCACGCGCCCUGCAUGCAAAGUUUCCAGGCGCCCAUUUGGUACUGGUCGACCUCUGGGGUCACGGGCUAAGCGACACGCCUGUUCUCCCACAUGACCCGAAUUUGUUCCAUCAAUUGCUAGAUGCUCUACUAGAUCGAUUGGAAUGGCCUUCCGCUCACCUCGUAGGAUACUCCUUCGGUGGCGCAUUGACAGUAGGCUAUGUAGUCUCGCGGUCAAAACGGGUACAAAGCUUCACCCUUGUUGCACCAGCUGGACUCAUUCGCUCUUCGAAAUUCACGGCCGAGGAACAGGGACACUUGCGCGGCGAUGACGAAGCCGCAGCACGGGAAUGGGUCUUGGAGUUUCUCGAGGGCGGGGAUUUGGUCGUGCCUGCGGAUUGGAGAGAAAGAGUCGGGAGGGGCGAGAUUGUUGCUGAGGCUGUCCGGGAUUGGCAGAUGCGUGAGCAUUCUGGACAUGCGGCAACUGUUGUUGCAGUGUUUAGAGACGGGGGUGUCAUGGACAAGGAUGCCGAGUUCGUCAGAGCGGCGCGUACUGGCAUUCCAUCACUUGUGGUCCUAGGUGCAAAGGAUGAUUUGUGUAGCGAAGAAGAGCUCAAAGAACUUGGAUUCGCAAAUGUCGCUGUUGUUCCAGAAGUCGGACAUGGUGUAGUAAGAGAAAGAGCGCCACAAGUCGCAGCGUUCAUCAGUGACUUCUGGAUGGGAUUAAACAAGUCCAACAGCGGCUGAAAUCUGCGUUGAUAGUAGACGACGCCUUUGAUUAUGCAGCUCCCCUCCCUACCCUAAUUUUUCUGCGCCCAUCCGUCUUAUGUUGUACUAGAUCCUCAACUAGAUCUCUUCCUCCGUUCACUAGCUCAAAACGCCUUCCAUCUACCUUCUCAAUAGCGAUUUCGCCUCUUGAUGAGCUGGACUUUGUUGCGCUCGUUGCGGUUAUAAUGCUAUUGAGCUUCACAUCAUCAGGACCUUUUGCAUCCGUUUGGCCACAAUUCCCGCGCUGCCGUACAAAGCCUUGCGUAUUGUAAGAAACGGUGGGUGAC